ACAUUACCCGUAACUCAUGUAUGUACUUAUAUCAUUCUUAACAUUCAAUUACUUUUUAAUUAUAAACAAAUUUCUUCUCAUAAAUUAGGAAAAGAGAUCUGUAAAUGACUUGAAAAAUAUUCUGUUGAGUUAUCACGAAGGUCAAAUUAUUAUUGAUUAUUAUAAAAAUCACAAUUUGUUAAAUGGUCCAAUGAGGAAUAAACUAAGUCAUUUAGUUAUCAGCCAUACGCUUAAAAAUAUAAAUGAAAAAAAAAUAUCCACUACCAAACUUAAUGCCUUGUCUCAAGAUAUAAAAGAUAUAUUCCCAAAUGAAAAUAUCCAAACCUAUUAUUUACCAUACAAAAAAGAAUCUGACAAAGUAACUCCCACUCGAGGAAAGUUGUGGGACAAAUAUUGCAACAUGCGUAGAGAAAUCAGAAAUAAGAAAUCUACUAUACAAACUAAAGAUAAUGUGGUUUUUGAAUAUGAUAAUAAUGAAGAACCAACUGAAGAAAUAAUAUGGUUAAAAAAUAACUUGGCCCCUUGGAAUAUGGUUAUUGAAUAUUGGAAGAAAACAUUUCAUUUCCGGUAUAAUUCUUUAUCGCAUAAGGAAAAGCACUACUCAUAUUUCAGUGACUUACCAGCUAUUAAGGGUCCAAUAGGAUUUACUUUAAUUGAGUUAGAUUUUGAACAAUUGUAUCCAGGAAAAGAUCUAACACUGUUUACAAAUUUUGAGUUGUUCAAAACCAAAAUUCCAAAUUUGAUAAGGAAUUACAAGUAUAAAGGGAUUGAUAGCUUGGUUGAUGAAAUACUGACUCCUACUGUACUUGGUUAUGAUAAUAUUGCUGCCUUAAAAGUUUUAAUUGAAUUAUUUAAGCCAAUAAAUGUAUGCAAGCGGUCUGCUACUGGAAGUUCAAAGGCAACAUAUUGGAGACCUUCAAAAUUAGAAUUAAAACAGUCUUUUAUCUAUUAUGUAAAUAGUACCAUUCAAGUAAAAGAAGUGAAUGAAGAAAAAAACAAGAAAGCUCAAAGAUUACAACAAACUGUGCAGCCUUACAUGAUAUUUGUUUGUGGAACUGAAUCAGAACAUCAAAUAUCUGAAUUUUAUGUAAUCAUAAACAAUCACAUUUUCAAAGUGGAAAGUGGAUUGAAAGCGGUAGAUAUAUGUUUUAAGUCGUUUUUUGCCCUAAACCUUAACUAUACUGACGAAUCAAAGCAGGUGUGGUAUUUCAUACAAAAAUAUUUCUACAAAAUUGAAACCAAAUAUGAUAAAUUCUACCAAAAUGUUAACAACUUAAUACAUGAUAUAAAUACUGUAGUCUAAUCAAAUUAUAAUUUACAAUUGCUUAGUUAGAG